UUCAGUGUGUUUGUUUUAAUUCUCUUGUUAAACGGUGUUAUUCAAGCUUCACUUUUCGAUUUUGAUGAAUCCAAACAAAAUGAAGUCAUUUUUUGUGUUUGCUCUCUUUGUUGGCGUUGCUUUUGCUUCAGAAUCGAAGGAAGUUCAAAAUUCAAGCUCUGAUAAGGAGAAUCAGUUGCGUCAAUUCAUUGAAACGAAUCAAACGUCUGAAGUCCAUAGACUCAUCGACGAAGGUGUAAAUGUGAAUUGCAAAUAUUUUCAAAAUGAAACGACUCCCUUACAAAUGGCUGUAGAAAAUGGCAAUCUUGACAUAGUAAAAGCCCUGGUUGAGCAUGGAGCCGAUGUGAAUGGAAAUAAUAAACGAAGAGACACUCCGUUACAUUAUGCAGGGAUUUUUGGAAAAGCGGAUAUUGCAAAGUAUCUCAUUGAGCAUGGUGCCAAUGUAGUGGCCAAAAAUGGUAAAUCAAAGACGCCGUUGCAAUACACUGCAUACCGCGGAUAUAUUGAUACGGCCGAAGUUUUAAUUGAUGCCGGCGCCGAUGUAAACAAUGUGACUCGCUGGGGUGUAACACCGUUAAUUAGUGCAGCGACAAACGGUCACACCGAAUACGUUAGAAUGUUAAUUGCUCAUGGCGCUAACGUAAACGCAAAACAAGGAUUUGGAUACACUGGAUUACAUUGGGCUGCUGACCAUGGUCACUUGGAAACCGUUAAACUUCUGCUCGCAGCUGGUGCUGAUGUUCAUAUCAAAAGCUCUGGAGAUCAGAAACCAAGCAAAAUGGCCAUGGAUGAGAAUCACACAGAAAUUGCCGCCAUUCUUCAGGAAGCUGAAGAAAAACAACCACAAGUGGAAACAACCACUACAAACGGAAACAAUCAAACUUCGGUUCAAUGAAAUAUGAGGAAAUUCGUUAAAUUGUAAUUAGUGCGUUCGUAAUUGAUGUUCGCUCAUUUCGAAAAUGCAACAUUAAUGCUUUCAAUAAAUGUAAUAUUCAUCUUUUACAAAUUAAA